AUGGAACGUUAUUGUAAAUUAACGUUCGUUAUUACCAUCGUUUUGGUUACACUUUCAUGUGUUGGCCAUGUAAACUCACUAUCAUUUCCUUCAUUUUCAGACUUUGCACAGCGGUUCUAUAACCAGUCAAAUGAUGAUAACGCAGAACCUGCAACGAGAUAUCAAUAUAAACCUCCUAGAUCUGAUGUAACUAACCCUCUAGAAAGUAUACCUGGACUCAAAGUUCCAAAAUUCCUGAAAAUAUUAUCAAAGCUGUCAGAGCCCCUAUCAAAGGAGUUUCCAAGAAAUUUCAGAAGAAAUUACGCCUGUUUCUUAGUUCUGGUCGCUUUUCUCGUUGCUUACGGAUUUUAUGGCUACGAUCGUAACAAAAAAUGGGCAACCAAAUUGUGUGAAGAAGCAAUGCCAGUGUUAGAAGAAAACUUUGCAUAUAUAGAACAAGACCCGAAACCGCCAGAAGAGAAGGGUUGGAAUGAUUUUGAGAUGUAUGCGUCAGGAAGAACGAGUUGUAAAGGGUUACUAAUUACAUUUCAAUUUGUAAAGAGACAGUGCUUCUGGCACGAGCAUUUCAUAAGACUACUAUAUUCAUCAAAGGACAUGGUCGCAUUUGAUGUACAAUUUGAAUAUCUGGAUCAAUUGUUAUUCGCAGUUUGUAGAAAAGUUAAUAAUAAAUCGUUUGUUACACAAUAUCCUCAUUUGUUGUUGUUCUCGUACUUAUACGAAGGUAAAGACCUCCCUGACUGUUUCAGAGCAUACGUUAAUUCCACUGAUAAGUCUGUGGUUCAGUUUGCUAGCCACGUUUUACACCUCGUCCAGCCAUUUAUAAACAAUUUGGAGUAUUUUUAUUUGUCUGACGUGGUAUCAUCGGAAUCUGAAUUAGUAAAAAGGCCCGUUCUCUCUUGUUGCUUUAGGCUGCGUAAAAAAUCAGAGGAUUUUCAAAACCUGGUUAAAACUAUGAUAAAUCUGGUAGACUACUGUAAAAACUUCUCAAUGCCACAGAAACUAAGAGAAGCUGUGACAAAAGAGAGGUCGGAAUUUGAAUUUGCAUAUAAUAAGAUGAAUAGAUAG